AUGGAUUAUUCUAUGCUUUAUGGUAAUGGUAUGAAUUAUGGAGGCAUGUUUGGAGGUUAUAAUCCAUAUGCUAGUAUGUUUGGAAACUAUGGUGGAAUGAAUUCUCCUUUCUUUGACUAUAAAAAUUUAUACAAUUCAUGGCCUUUUUAUCAAAAUGGGAUGUUUAAUGAAGGAAUGAAUAAUAUGUAUUCAAAUGGAAUGAUGAAUUCAGUUAAUACAAAUGGAUUAACAUCAAAUAAUAAUAUGUUUGGAGCAACUAUGAUGUCACCUGAAGUUGUACCAAAUACAAGACAUGUUAAUUUUGGUAGUGCUGGUUAUCGUACCACACCAUUAAAUAAAUAUCAAAGUCUUCUAAAAAUGAAAGGAACAACAACAAUGAAUAGUGAUAAUUGCCUUCUAAGUAUGGGAUGUAUAUCAAAUCAAUGGGGGCAAGCAAAAAAAAAAUCAUAA